AUGUUAAUUCUUAUACCUUUUCUUAUCAUAUUGAUUUGUAUAAUAAUUUUUAUACUUCAUGAUCAUCUUACUUUUCAACGUGGUCGUUUAUCACGUCCUCGUGAUCGAACUUCCACUACACCUAUAACAAAAAUGGGACGUGAUCAAUUCAUAGAACUUUCAUUUGGUAUUGUUCAUUAUAUUUAUCAUCCUUCAUCAUCAUCAUCAUUACCAUUGAAUAUAUUCAUUCAUGGUUAUUCGACUCCAAUGGAAAUGUGGCAAUAUAUAUAUCCAGCAUUUGCUAACGAUAAUCAGGCAUGUUUAGUUUUUGAUUUAUAUGGUCGUGGUUGGUCUGAUGCUCCUCAUGUACCAAUGAAUAUUGAUAUAUUUGUUUGUCAAUUAGCUGAAAUUUUAUAUGCAUUAAAUCUUCCAUAUGAAAAAUAUAAUCUAUUUGGUGUUAGUAUGGGUGGUGCUAUUGUUCAACGUUUUACAGAACUUUAUCCAUCAAGAGUAUCUAAAUUAAUUCUUUGUAGUUCAGCUGGACUUAAUUUAGUAAAACCAUCAAAAACUCGUCUAUUUUUGUUAUCUUUACCUAUAAUUGGUCCAAUAGUUUUUAAAUAUGUAAUGAAACAUCAUGAUGAUGAUAAAGAACGUUUACAAUGGGCUUUUCCUGAUAAAGAAUAUUAUGAACAAUAUAAAAAUUUAUUUCAAUUAGGUUGGCAACAACAUCCAGGAUAUUUACGAUCUUUAUUUUCAACAGUAACUAAUUUUGAUUUUGAAGCUUCAUUAAAAACAAUUGAAUUUAUUGCAAAAUUAAAUAUACCAAUAUUAAUUGUAUGGGGAGAUAAAGAUACUUUAAUACCUGUAGAUACUGCUUAUCGUUUUCAUCAAUUAUAUAAAAAUUCAUUAUUAACUAUUAUUCCUGGUGCAACUCAUAUGUUACUUCUUGAACAUGCACAACAAAUAAUUGAUGCAACACGAGAGUUUUUUGAAAAACAUAAAUAA